GAGCACAGCCACUUACCACGCUUACCACCAAACUCGGGCGACACACAGAAGAAACACUUGAAAAAUGAUGGGCAAAGCUGUAGCUGCUGUCAUGGCUCUUCUCCUGAUCUCAAUGACUGGAGCAAAAGGUAUUGCUCAGGCACGUUCAGCGAUUGAACUCCGAUGCCAGUGCAUAGAGACUCAUUCCAAGUUCAUCCAUCCCAAGUUCAUUCAAAAUGUGAACCUCACCCCUAGCGGACCUCACUGCAAGGACGUGGAAGUCAUAGCUACUCUGAAAGAUGGCAGAGAAGUGUGUCUGGAUCCCACUGCUCCCUGGGUGAAGCUGAUCAUCAAGGCAAUUCUGGACAAGGCAGACGCCAAGAACAAUACUGCAUCCUAAAGCAAAGAACAAAAACAUCCUACCUCCUCCAGGAAGUCAGAAGUGGGAGACACCACCAUUCCGCUCCCAGCAGCUCAUUUCCUCCUGCCUCCUACAUUCAUACUUUCAUCAUUGUCUAGAAAAUAUCUCCUCUCUUUUUGCAGUUAAUUGACAACUGUAGUUUAAGUCUUUUAAAGAAGUGUCAUACAGGAGAAAAAACACUGAAAUCAGAAAAAGUAGGCAAGAAAAGAAAGGCUUGUGAAAGGAGACGGAGAUGAUCUGGAGUCAUUUUUGCUAGCCACGGCAGGAUCAAUGCAGUGCACUCUCUGCAGGUCUUUCUCUAAAAGAUGUCUUCCCUUUUUGUUAAUUGUUUAGAAACUGCCCAACAACUCCUUUUCUCCAGCAAUGUGCUGAUGCAUCAACUCUAUUCAGGUCACUGCUUCUCAUGUGGGCUGCAGACUAGAAAAAGGGGGCUUUCAGGGUCAGUAACCCACAAAUCUGAGGUAUCAGUUUUGGAGCCAUCAUUUUCAAGGUAUUAUUUACUGUGAAUUAUUGCUGUGAAGCUAUAAACAUAUGUUUUAAUGGCAUCUUUUGGUUACAAAAAGGGCACUUGAUUCAUUUGAAUUCUAUUAGAUAUUUUUUGCAUCUCUAAUAUUAAUUAAUUUAUUAAUCACAAGAAUGCAGAUGGUCUUCAUGCUUUCAUUAUUUAUUUAUUUAUGGGAAACAUUGAUGUUUUUAUGUGUUCAUUAUAUAUUUAUUUAUGGAAAAUAUUGAAGUUUUCAUGCUUUUGUUACCUAUUUAUUUAUGGAAAACAUCUUUGUUUAGUUACCUAAUAAAUGUUUUUGUAAAUGUUUUUACUUCA